GUGAAUGUAACCGCAGAGCGAAUUAAAACGUGUUCUGAUCCACUUGGAUGAAUAGUUUCUGCCGUAGCUGGCAAGAGUGGCAAGUUCAACGUUACUAUCUAUCACGAAAUAACUAAACACCUCCCAGUCAUUAUCUUUCUUUAUUAAUGCAGUCCGGAUUUGAUAAUAUUAGGAAAGGACAAGAAACAAAACUGGUUGUAAUUGACCUGCUUUGAUAUAAAAUGGGGAGGUAUCUUUUGGUACUACCAGCCAUUUUGGCAGUAACUUAUUGUCAAAUAGAAUUUCCUGAGCUACCUACCCAAAGACUGGACAGUGAACAUACAGAAAAAAGAGUACCGCUAUAUGCCCCGGAAAAAUGUCCAGAGAAUCAACUAUUAUAUCCAGGAGAUCAGGAUCACGACUGGAUUUGUGAUUGUGGUUUAGGUUACAUCUAUUACCCAGCAAAAGACGGAUGUUUUGCAGCUUACAGACAAGGACCAUGCGACAAGGGAAAACACUUGAUAAUAAAGAGGGGAGAAGUUGUGCCUGCCUGCGCUGUAAAUCCCUGCGAGGACGGAUUUGCGUUGUAUGAGGGCAAAUGCUACGAGUUGGGCAAACCGAAUGGUCCCUGUGCACCGGUAAAACAGGGUGGUGGAAUUUUCGACGUCAACGCAACGACCCUGCGAGUGGAAUGCUUAAAAGGCACCGACCGACUAUCUCUAUUCAGCAUACCGAAUCAAUGCAACCCGGGAAGCAAACGAGACAGAAAUGGAAACUGCCGUGUUGUUUAUAAAUAGACAAUGAAAUUUUGGAUAAAAACGUCAAAUAUAAUUUUGAAGCGCUUACAAUUUUUUAUUUAUUUUAAUAAAACUAAGAAAAUGACAAUUA